AUGUACUGCACAGCACUCACCGGCAGCAGCCAGCGCGCCCACGCCCAGGCGCCCGCCACUGCUGGAGGAUGCGACAUGUGCAUCCACACCACCAGCACCAUACCCCGGGGCCACACCACCAGCACCAUACCCCUGGGCCACACCACCAGCACCAUACCCCGGGGCCACACCACCAGCACCAUACCCCGGGGCCACACCACCAGCACCAUACCCCUGGGCCACACCACCAGCACCAUACCCCGGGGCCACACCACCAGCACCAUACCCCGGGGCCACACCACACAGACCUUACCCCGGGGCCACACCACCAGCACCAUACCCCGGGGCCACACCACCAGCACCAUACCCCGGAGCCACACCACGAGCACCAUACCCCGGGGCCUCACCACCAGCACCAUACCCCGGGGCCACACCACCAGCACCAUACCCCGGGGCCACACCACCAGCACCAUACCCCCGAGCCACACCACUCAGACCAUACCCCGGGGCCACACCACCCAGACCAUACCCCGGAGCCAUACCACCCAGACCAUACCCCGGGGCCACAGCACCCAGACCAUACCCCGGGUGCCACGGCCCAGCGUCACGCCGGUGCCUUCGCCGCGCCCCGCCGCCGCGCCAGCCACCGGCCGGGGCGGCUGA